AUGGAUGAGACCCCUGAAGCCUUCAUCCUCCACCAGAUUGGCCACAGGCUGAUCUUAUGCAGAGGUCUAAAGUGUCUGAGCAUGGAAUCACAAUUGUCUCCCCACAGAGCAUAUUCAGAAAGGGCACAUUCUCCUGCCCCCAGCUAUAUGUCUUUGAGCUCAGAUUGGUCGAUGGAUCUACCAACAAACUUUAAAAGUGGAGAAGCAAUUCUUUUGGAUUUAAGGCACAUCUCUCUUAUUCUGCUAUCACAAAUAUUUAUUUUAAGUGAAUCCAAAAAGAGGAUAUGUGAGCUCCCAACAAUGAAACAAGACCAUGUGGAAAUGCUGCACUUGAGUAAAGAGCCAAGUGAUGAACACAAAAACAUAAGAGUAAAGUCAGUAAGAGCAGCUUCUCCUGCACCCAGCUAUAUGUCUUUAAAAACAGAUUUGUCAAUGGAUCCACCAACCAACUUCAAAGAUUUUCUUUUGGAUACAAGAGUAAGAUCAGGUAGAGCUCCUUCUCCUACAGUGUCUCAAUGGUCAGAUUCGUCAGAUGAACCACCAGUUAACUGCAAAGCAGAAGACAAUUUCCCCUUGGAUUCAAGUUAUUGUAAAAUAUGUUGGUAUUCAGGUAAUUACUUUGAUUUUGUAACUUCUAGACUUCGGACAAGUCGUCACUUUAAAUGUCCACUGUGCAAAUCAAUGUUAAAAGAUCCAGUGUCCAUCUCAUGUGGACACAAUUACUGCAGAGGAUGUAUUAAUGAAUUCUGGGACAAUCGUGCUGGAGUUUAUGGGUGUCCACAAUGUGGUAACCCAUCAGAAACCCGUCCGGUGCUGAACACAAACGCAGCUCUAGAUGAGGUGGUUAAAAGCCUGCAGCAAGCAGGUUUCAGUCCAGUACUUCCUCCACAAUCCUAUGCUGGACCGGAAGAUGUGGCCUGUGAUUACUGCACUGAGGAGAAAUUGAAAGCUGUAAAGUGUUGUUUAACCUGUGUCAUGUCCCUCUGUGAGACUCAUGUCAAGCCACAUUACACAAUAGCUGCACUACAGAAACACACAUUGUCAGAUGUGACUGGAGACAUGAAGACAGGACCCUCAGAGCAGCACCAGAACACAGAUAACAGCUUCAGCAGCACUGGACAACAGGAUCAGACCGAUAAAACUCAAGACAUUAUAGAGGAGGAAAUCAGGAGUAUCUUAGAUUCUGUGUUCAAUACCUGCACAUCAGAAACAGAAGUUAGUAAAGAUGAAACUAACGUUAGUAAGCUUGCACUAUUUUGCUCCGAACAGCAAGAUGAUUCAGGACAUAAAAGCCUCUCCAAGUUAAAUGAGAAUGAUACAAAGAAAGAAAUAUUUAAUAUGGAGGAAAUAUAUUUUGGAGACAACUACAAUGAGAAUGAUUUUGGUGUAAAGAAUUAUGAGGUAGAUCUGGGGGAAUAUUCUCCUUUAGACGUGGAAGUUGAUUAUGAUGACUGGGAAUGUUACAAUUAUGAGGGAGGUAUUAUAGACGAUUAUGAUGAUGACAUUCCAGACGGUGGCAAUUAUUAUGAUGAUUAUGAUGAUUAUUAUUAGGAGUAGGACUAUUAAGUGUGAAUUAAUGAUUAUGAUUGUUAUAAUUUGUGCACUUUCAUAGCUGUUAAGACACAUUUCUUUCUCGAAUUGAUGUAUUGCAGGGUAGUUUAAUAUGUACUGUUUUUUGUAUAAAAAACUUAAAAUUAAGUGAUAUAAAAUUGGACUGAUAUAAGAGAGCACUGGAUUAAUGUUAGUUUCAGAAUAAAGCAAAAAAUAAAGCUCCAGUUUAUCUGUUAAAAAUAAAUACAUAUUCUGGUAUUAAUGAUAGAAGUGAAAAAUCCCCAAAUU